AUGUUCCCGAAGCAUGCAGGUCUAUACGGACCUGGAAAUGUCUCCUACACGGCGAACUACAAAGCCUCCCAAUCAUGCCUAUCGACUUCCGUCUCGGUAGUCAAUUAUAUAAUCAGCUUUGUUUCAUCAACCGCUUCCCUGAUGCUGGACUACAAAGCUCCACUGAACCAGUUCCAGCGUUCGCUCCAGCUCAGGGCCCAGCGACUACCCCAGCACCAGUUCCACCAUCAGAUCCAGGGAAGUCCGGUCAUCAUAAUCUGGAAGUCCUGGCUGAUCAUAGAUGCCGGACAAUUGGGUCCGCAUAACCGCAAACGUUUCAGCACUGCGCAGCUGGAGUCUGUUCAGCAGCUUACCUCAAAGGCCAGAGUCACAUCUUACAAACCUUGCCAGCGUGAGAGCUGUAAGGCGAUCACAAAAGUGUUCCCUGGCUACUCCUUAGGUAUAGCUGCUCCAGAUCUAUCAGUGGAGGCCGCGGGUGCAGCACUGGCGGUCGGCGUGCCGCCAGUGUUGGCAUCGAUAGGAAAGUCCUAG